AUGAGUUCCGACGAUGAUUUCGAGAUCAAAGUUUCCGAACUGGCAGCAGACGAUCCUAUGAGAGCUUUCUUGCCCACAUCAUUUGGGAAGAAAUCGAAAGAGACAGAUGUCGCAGCCCAAAUCGAAAGAAGUCGCAGAAAAGUCGCAGAAGUCAGUGGUGGAAAGAAGAAGAAGAAGAAGCAGCAAGAUUCUAGUGAUGACUCCGACAGCGACAACAGCGACGAUUCCGACCAAGAUGAAUUCCCUCUAUCACACGAGCUUGUUCUCAAAACCCACGAUCGCGCUGUCACCACAGUCUCACUAGACCCAGCAGGAGGACGCUUAGCAACUGCGUCCACAGACUGUACUGUCAAGUUGCAUGACUUUGCUUCUAUGACUCCCAGCACGCUGAGAUCUUUCCGAUCCGUCGACCCCUACGAAACGAAGGCAUCCGACGUUAACUCGCAAUCGCAUCCUAUCCACCGCAUAGAAUUCAACCCUCUAGCAGGAGGCGUCUUGCUUUGUGUGUCAGCGCAUCCCCAAGCGAAGAUACUGUCGCGGGAUGGCGAUAUUAUUACCGAAUUUGUUAAGGGAGACAUGUACCUUCGUGAUAUGCACAACACCAAGGGCCACAUAUCCGAAAUCACGACUGGCACCUGGCACCCCACUGACAAAAACUUGUGCGUAACUGCGGGUACAGACAGCACACUGAGAAUUUGGGAUAUCAACAAUAAGCGGACGCAGAGAGAUGUCGUUGUGUUCAAAUCCAAAGCCGCUGGCUCUGCUGGUCGAACCAAGAUGACCGCUGUUGCGUGGGGAUCUUCACCCCAAGGAAACAGCAACGUCCUUGUCGCAGCAGCUUUGGAUGGCUCGCUGGUCAUGUACAGUGGCAAUAGUCCUUUCUCACGACCUGCAGGAGAAAUUCGCGACGCACAUAAACCGCAAUCGUGGACCAGUGGCAUUGAUGUAUCGUCCGAUGGUCGCAUGGUAGUCACAAGAGGAGGCGAUGAUUUGAUCAAACUAUGGGACACUCGUAAAUUCACGAAGCCUCUUGUCACAGUCGCGCAUAUCUCAACCUCAGACCAUUUCCCUACGAGCAACAUCAAGUAUGCGCCAAACUCGACAAACAUCAUCACGGGCUCCGCGACCGGCCAUCUCCACAUUCUGAAUCCUGGCAAUCUGCGCGCAGAAUAUGUCACUGAAAUAACACCUGGGUCACCACUAAUAACAGUGGAUUGGCAUCCCAAGAUUAAUCAGAUCGUUACAGGUUCAGCUAAUGCCGAGACUCAUGUCUUGUACAACCCGCAGAUGUCGAAUAGAGGCGCUGUAGACGUCAUGUCACGAGCACCGAAGAAGCGGCAUAUUGACGACAAUCCUGAAUUAACAAUGGACCAGUCUGUUGGCGUAUCUGGUGAUGCGAUUGUAGUGCCAGGUGCGACAAGAAGCUCAAAGCCAUCUGGGGUUACAGUAUCAGGCCGCUCGAAAGAUCCUCGACGCCCCUACAUCCCCCAACAGACACCAUUUCAGAAGAACCAGCCGGACGAGAAGCUCAUCGCAGAGAAUAUUCCUCUUGCGCGCAUGCUGCACGAAGAUCCACGAGAAGCUCUACUGAAAUACGCAGACAAGGCCCAGAGUGACCCUAUGUUUACGAAAGCCUGGAGUAAGACGCAGCCACAAACCCAAUACGCGGAGCUGAGCGACGAGGAAGAUGGUCCCGACAAGAAAAGGCUCAAGAGGUGA